AUGUGGCCGUAUCCGACAACAUCAACGACCGGUUUCGAAGCGUCAGAGGCAGAACGCAAUCCGUGCUCGUCCAAACGCACUCUCAAAACCUCAAUCAGAUCGUACAUGACCGGCAAUGGCAGCGAAACGUCGUAUUUGUACACUCCUCCGUCCAUGUUGGAGGCCUCGCUAAUACCUUCUCUCCAGUUCCACAGAGCCUUGAGCUGUGUUUCAUCCUGCGAAACAACUCCAUCAGAAACAAUUCCUUCUUCCAUGAUGGACUCCAAGAAAGUCUCGAGCUUGGCAUCGUCGUGCUCUUUGGAAGAACCAGACGUCUCGAUCAAAACGUAG